AUCUGAACACAUGUCCGCCGUGUUUUUCCGGGAAUGCGCAGAAGAGCUGCGCAGAGAUUCCCUGUGCCCGCCCUCUCUCUGGUCACGUGGUCGUCACGCUGCUUUUCCUCCUCAGCUCCUCCGCGGGUUCUUCUGCAGUUUCAGUUUAUUCAUCCUUCGUCUCAGAACCCUACCGAACCGAACCACGACAUGUCCACCAGGGUUGCCAUAGUAACCGGGGGAAACAAAGGCAUCGGCCUUGCCAUCGUCAGAGCGCUCUGCAGAGACUUCCAGGGAGACGUUUACCUCACAGCCAGAGAUGUUGGGCGGGGCCAGGCCGCGGUGGCGUCUCUGUCCUCAGAGGGAUUGAAGUCGUCGUUUCAGCAGCUGGACAUCAAUGAUGGGGACAGCAUUCGUGCCGCUGCAGCCUUCUUCAAGGACAAGUACGGAGGAGUGGACGUCCUCAUCAACAACGCCGCCAUCGCAUUCAAGGUGGCAGACACGACUCCAUUCGCCGCGCAGGCAGAGGAGACCCUCAAGACCAACUUCUUCGCCACCAGAGACGUGCUGACCACCUUCAUGCCGCUCAUCAAAGCAGGAGGCCGUGUGGUGAACGUGUCCAGCUUCGUCAGCUGCAGAACGCUGAACCAGUGCAGCCCAGAGCUCCAGCAGCGAUUCCGCAGCGAGGACAUCAGCGAGGAGGAGCUGGCGGGUCUGAUGCAGAGGUUUGUGGACAAAGCCAAGGCGGGCCAGCACAAGCAGGACGGCUGGCCUGAGACGGCGUACGGAGUCUCCAAGACUGGACUGACGGUGCUGUCCAUGAUCUUGGCUCGUCGUCUGUCUAAGGAGAGACCCAAUGAUGGGAUCCUCCUGAACGCCUGCUGUCCUGGCUGGGUCCGCACUGACAUGGCUGGCCCCAAUGCCCCCAAAUCACCAGAGGAGGGCGCCGUUACCCCAGUCUACCUGGCCUUGUUGCCUCCAGGUGCCACCGAGCCUCAUGGGCAGUUUGUUUCAGAGAAGGAAGUUCAGCCAUGGUGAAACAUGACAGUAACUGAAGCAGGUCUCAUCAAACGAUGGCCAAACGCAGGAUUUUCAAAGGAACUCAGAUCUCAAAGAUAACAGUAACACUAUUGAUUAAGAAUUGGUUUCUAACUGGGAUUCCCAGUGUUUAGGUCAGCAACUAAUGUGCAAAGGAUGAUUGGUUACCAUGGUUACCACCGUUUUCCUGGAAGUUGUUCACUUUCAUGUGUCAGAAAGGUCACUGCCUUAAAUGAUGUUCCCUGAAGUCACAAAAUAAACAUCUUUUUCUACUAUA